AUGAACUCUUUCGACGACAACUUCGAUUCUCUUCGUCAACAAUUUGAGAGAGACAAGCAGCCUAUCUCUCCGCUUACACUAGGCGCUAUCAGCUCUUUCCGGUAUGUGAAGAGUUUCGGAAAGGAAUCCAGCGACUACACGAAGUCCGAUGGUCUUUAUUGGCUCGCAUCUAGUACCAAGCUAGUGACUACAAUUGCUGUAAUGCAGUGUGUCGAGAGGCGACAACUAGACCUGAACGGCGACAUCGCCGAAGUGCUCCCAGAAUGGAAGGAUCCGAAGAUCCUGGCAGGUUUUGAUGAACAGAGCGAAGCCAUAUUCAGGCCCGCAACGAAGACUAUCACCCUUCGGCAAGUCAUUCCUGAAAAGUUCCCUCAACAAUUUCUCGUGUCGGAACCCGGUGAACGAUGGUUGUACUCGCCUGGAAUCGACUGGGCUGGAGUUAUGGUAGAGCGAAUCACUUCGAUGAAGCUUGGCGAGUACAUGCAACGGCAUAUUUUUGACGUUGUAGCUGCCAAGGACGCUACCUUCCACCCCGAACAGCGAGAAGAACUGCGAGCUCGAAAGGCUAAAGACUGGGAACGAGUGGGUGAGAGUAUACAGGAGCAGGAGCAUCCCUACUGGCCAGAAAGAGUUGAGGCGGACUUCGGUGGGGGCGGUCUGUUCGCAACUGUGGACGACUUGCUCAAGAUCUACCAGGGCAUAUUGUCCGGGCAGUUGCUUCAGCCCGAGACUGCCAAGGAGAUGUUCCAGUCCCAUCUUGAGACUUCUAAAGGCCUUGACAACCCAGAAGAGUACUCGUUGUCGUCCCGCAAUGCUAUCUGGAAUACUAUCCCAGACGACAUUCCUGUUAGCUUUGGGAUUGGAGGUCUGAUAAACACUGCUGCAGUACCGAAACGACGCGGAGUGAACUCAAUCACUUGGUCGGGUCUACCAAAUUGCUAUUGGUGGAUCGACUUCAACAACGGCGUCGCUGGUGUGUAUCUCUCUCAGCUUGUACCAACCGGGGAUGACAAGGCUGUCGAGCUGCUGGCUGGAUUUGAGGAAUGGGUGUAUUCGAAUUUGGCCAAAUCCUGA